CGUCUUGUAGGCACUAACAGGACAAAUUUUCAUUGGUUUUAAAUUUCGGUCUGCUUGCGGAGUGGACGUUAUGGACGUUACGGGUGACAUGAAUUUGACAAUGAUACGAACGAUGACGAGUAGCGCGCGGAGUUUACUGGAUAACCCUACCCUCUCUUUUCCUGGCUCGCCUGAAACGUUGCAGCAGAUUGCGCAGGAUCAGCAAUCUGUUAAAUAUGUCGUAGUUGCUUCGUUUGUCGUUAUGCUCUACGAUAACCUUUUGACACUUUCCAAGUACUUCUCGUUAUUCUGGGGUCCAAGACGUUCGCGAGGUUCAGCACUUUUCUUCAUUACUAGAUGGCCUGUAUUGCUUGAGAGUUUGCUUUACUUGAUUUAUUCCUUGGAUUUCAAGAGUUCCGAACCUGUUUGUAAGAUGGAGGCGUACCUCACUGCGUGGGGGGCCUUGGUAUUCCUGAUUCCUCUACAAGUUGUCAUCAUACUUCGGACGAUUGCUCUCUGGGAACGAACGCGGUCAAUUAUUUUUGUGCUUUUCACGACCGCCAUGGCUACAGACGUAGCUUUGCUCGUUCUCUUGACCCACCUUAGUAUUUCAUUAGAUUAUAUGGUCGACCCGCUCUUCGCUCCUUUCCUUGGGUGUGAAAGCGGCCUUAUCAGCUUUAAUCCGAAGGCAACCAUACCGUGUUAUAUCGCCCUCAUCGCAUUUGAUACAAUGAUAUUCAGCUUGACGCUGUACCGAGCGUUAAGAACUAUACGGAGAACCCAUCUCGUUACCAUACUUGUUCGAGACGGCUUCUUUUACUACAGCGUCAUGCUCGCGAUCUCAGUUUCCGCAGUCACCGUCAGCUCGGUUCUUCCAUUUGAACGCAGUUCUCUCAUCGCCAUGUUCUCGCCGAUCAUCAAGGCAAGCUUCUGUAUCGUCGGGAGCAGGAUUUCGCUCAACCUCCGAGAGGCGAUGAGAUCCACUGAGGAGAGACUCGGACGUGCAAGAGGAUGCGAUUUUGAUAGUGAUCACUGA